CUGCAGGUCUGUUGGCUUUGUGCAGAGCGACGCAGAGAUGUUUGGGCGGACGAGAAAGCAUAGGAACAUAUGAAUUGCUACACUUGCUUUUGAGAAGCCAAAGAGCAGGGAGCCAUGCAGAGUCCGACCCAGUCACCGAGCGGGCCAAACCCUGGGGCCACAGCAACCCAGGAGCCACCACUGGACACCGAGACUGAAGCUCAGCCAGCACAGAGUGAUUCAGAUGAGCAAAAAGAGAAGGAUGAACCAGCAGCUCCUGUUAUGACUGAAACUGUAAGGCCCCAGGAAAAUGGGACAGAGGUGCAAACAGCAGAAACACCUGCAAGCCUGCCAGUCACUCAGGCAGUGGAGAAUGAGCCUGCUGUCCAGCCACAGACAGAGCCCUCAGUUAACAGUGCAGGGGUCGAGACUGACUCAGCUUCAAAGCCAAGCGCCCCCUCAGAACUGGUACCAGACACAAAUGCAAAAUCUAAGUGUGAUGAGAAAAAGGCAAAGAAAACGGAUAAAGGUGUUCGUGAGCCUAGGAAAUACAUUCCUUCCAAGAAGGCCAUGGUGGAUCCUCUGAAGAUGGACAUGUCCAAACAGCCGGUUAUACCCCUCACAUCGUCUCAGCUGUCGCUGCAGUGCUUUGAGUGCCACAUAAUCUUCAGUGAUGUCAAGAGCAAGGAGCGUCACCUGAAGCUGAGCCACCCUGCAGAAUAUGAACAGUGCAUACUGAGGAACUCCCUUUUCGCCUGUUACGUUUGUGACCGCCACUUCACUAACUCCAUAGAUCUGAUGCUCCAUCAGAAAGCUCACACAGAGAAGAAACCCUUCAAGUGUCCGAUUUGUAGCGAGGCCUUCAACAAGUCAUCAGAGCUCACCUUUCAUAAAAAAAAUCACUAUGGCCAGGACGGUUAUGAAUGCACAGACUGUGGGAAAAACUGCAAAACGAUGACGGCUUUGAAGUAUCACAUGCGCAAACACUCUGGAGAGAGGCCGUAUGUUUGCAAGGAGUGUGGAAAGAGGUUCAGCAUGUCCAAAGCUCUGCAUAAACAUAUGAUGGCACAAUGUCAAGGAGAGGGUGACGACCCAACAGCUGACGCUCUGAAAAAAGCUAUUGGGCCUUCUUCAAUAAAGUAUCCUUGUUCUUUAUGCAAGGCCACUUUCAAGUCUACCAGGACACGACAACAUCACAUGAAAACCAAGCACAACAUGGUGCCUGCUACAGCGAGUAAGGCCCUCUCAGCUGAGCAUCAAGGGAAACAUAAUACACCCAUCAUAACUCCAAUAUCUAUUUGCCAGUCAUCACUACUACAGGCAGGCCCCAAUGGACCUUUGCAAAAAGUUGAUGCCAACAUUGACACAGAGCAGAUUCGCAGACUUAUUGAAUCUUUGGGAAAUGUGCAGAGAGUAAACCAAGUUGUCAUAUUGGGGCAGCUGCCACCUCACGCUGCACCGCUGGAAGUCCAUCAGAUGUCACAACUACCACAGACAGAUUUUAUGGAACUGAAACCGACAGGAUCUAACAUAGUUGAAAUGGAACCUUUAAACCCAUGUUUUGCACUGGAUCAAACAAUUAUACUUGAACCUAUUACGCCAGAAGGACAACUGGAAAACCCUGAUUUCUCAGAACUAGGUUCCAACAUAACAAUAGGUGAAAAUAUAGAGCUAACACUUGUUCAGACUGAAAAAACAGAAAGACCUGAGGGAGAGGGGAUGCAUCAGAUCCUUCAACAGCCUGAUAAUAGUGCAAUUCAGUUUGAUCAAAUAAUGUUUCAGAAUGGGGUAGAUCUUGAGCAAACAGUCAUAUUAGAACUUAUACCAACUGAAGAGCUUGAACUACCACAAACCGUGUCACAAAAUGAAAUCCCAUCAUCCUCUCUGGUAAACGCUGACCUGCAGCAGAUGGCAUAUCAGACUGUGAUAGAUGAACAAGCCAACAUGUCAGCCACAACUCUUGUGACUGAGCUGGAGCUGACACCUUUACAAAUAGAGCAGCAGGGCCUUCCCUAUUUUGUUCCAUCAGACACACUCACACACACAAGUGGAGCUGAAGUGGUUGAUUCACAAAUGCAAACAGUAAGUCUAGAUCAGGAACACCCUGUGAUGGAUGGAGCUGCACCACAAGAGACACAAGAAAAAGCUGAACAAGAUCAAUCUGAACAAGAACCAUCUGAGAAGCUGCCGGUAGAAGGGAAGAACGGUGAGGAGCCGGUGGAGAACCUGUCUGAAGUAGAGGAUCCACCUGCUAAAGAAGUGUUUCCAUCAAACUUAGAGACCAAGCAAGUGCCACAGGUGUCCGAGUUACCCGUAAAUGUAAUGUCAGCUCAAGAACUUGUGAAAGUGCGGAAGAGAAAUUCAAACAAGGCGUUUAUCUUACAAGGAUGUAUGCAUGAACUAGGCGGAUCAAUAUACAAGGAUGAUUUUCAAAUUGAUGCUACACCUUCCAAACGGCAAAGAAAGAAAAAGUCUCAUCUUGUAGUUAAAUGUAGCCCUCAAAGCAAAGAAAAGAACAACAAGAAACAGAAAAAGCCAUCACAGCAGCAUCAGCCAAUACAAGAAGACGAGAUGAGAGAUAAAACACCAGCAACAAUUCUCUCAAAGAAGAAGGUUCCGCCACAGAAGAAGGGAAGAAAGGGCAAAAAGGACAAGAAAACCAAACAUUUUGUUUCUAACGCUGAAAGAAAUUCUCCUUCAUCAACCCAGGAUUCACAAGUCCAGCAAGUCAAAGAGGAUAGAAGAAAAAACAAAACAAAAAAGCAAAAAGAAGUGGCCAGGGAAGGUGUGACACUCAUUAGUAAGCAUAAGACUUUAGCCUCGCCUGUAUUUAAAAAGAAAAAACAAACCAAUAUCAUGCAAAAAGAUCAGACCAAGAAAUCAAAGGGUGGAAAGCAAAAGAAAAACCUUUCAGAAGAGGAAAAAGUCGAAACAAAAGAGAGCGCAGCUUCAACAGACAUAUCUGGAACACAUAUAACACAGGAUGCUCUACUUCUACUGAAGGGUCAUAAACAGCCUCGACUUAAGGUUUACAAAUUAGACCCUUCAAAGGCACCAGGCCAGACACAGGAAGCUUCACCUGUUGAGGGCAGCACAAUAUCCCAAAAGAGUAAAGACAUCAACUGUAAACAUUCAACAAGUGAGUGUACAAAUACGGAGGAUAAGAAAAAAGGAGGAAGAACUAAAAAGAACCAGAAAACUCUCUCAUUGUUGUCCUCGCUGCAGGCUUCCCGUCAAACUCCCGAGACACUGCCUGCCAAGCCAAAGACAACAAGGAAACGUAAAGCCUGCUCAGGAGUGGAGACUGAAGGAGUGAUAACUUCGCAUUCCAAGCGUGCCUUAGAGUGUAAGGACUGUGGGCAAAGAUUUAGUGAAGUCUCGUCCCUUCAGAAGCACAAGGCAAUGGUGCAUAUCGUAGAGAGUCCCGGUCUCACUUACACGAAUGGAAACAUCUUUGAAGGCGUCUCCACGUUGGAUCUUUACCAGCUUCCAAAACAGCCCAAUAAGGUUGUCGGGGUGAUGAAUGCUGCUGCAGACUGGGAUACUGAGCCUGAGAUUGUAGAGAUGGCAUUAGAUGAGAAAGAGCGAAGUGUCUCUUUUCCAGCUUUGAUUCCAUCCCCAUCUUUUCUUGUCCCUCCUUCCGAUGUUGAAGUAAUUGAAAAUGAAAAUAAUGGAAAUGAAAAUAAGGCUGCAGAUAAACAGUCCUGUACCUCUCAAGAAGUUCACUUACCAGCCGAUCAAAUGAAAACCAGUGGAAUGCAUCCAAUCCUACCGUCUGAACCCCCAUUAGGUACCUCUGCUCAGACAAAGAGUUCAGAGUUCGGUGAGCCUUUGGCAUCAGACGAGAACAAGCAAGAAGAAGCUUCCCUCAGGAAUCCCAGCACAGAAUCUGAAGUCCAGGGUACCACCGAUGAGGACAUAAAGGAGAAUUUACUUCUUGAUGUAGAUUUAGUCACUGUUGGGGAGCAGAAUGACAGAGUUGAAACAACCUCUCAAGAAGACUCUGUUCCUCAAAAUGAAUCAAGUGUAACCUGCAAUCCUGAGGAUGGAAGCAUCAACAAACUUUCUGGGCAAGUUAACAAUGAAACAACAGCUGGAAGAAGUCUAACUUCACAAACCGUGUCAUGUUCCACUCAUCAAGUGGAGAUCAAGGAAGAGGAGGAAGAACUGCAAGUACAGAAGAAAAAAGGAGGAAAAAGAGCUAUUUCAAGAAAUGCUACAAGGGGUAGGAGAAGAGAAACAGGACGUUUAAAACGGGAUGCGAUUUCAAAGAGAGCUUUAGUUGGAGAUACCACCAAAGGAACAGAGUCAGAAAAAGAACAGGAGGAAUGUCAGCUACUUUAUGAAAAACGUCCCAUCAGCUCUGAUUCAGAAAUACAUGAUGACGGCCAGCCCAGCAUAAAUACAUUACAGCCAGAGAUCAGCACAGAAUUUGAGGCCAACAAAGCUACGGUUCCAGCUGCAUCUUUGUCUACCAUUCCCUCUACAUUAGAGAAACCUCCUGAAGAACCAGUUGUGUUGGAGUCGGCCACCAGUACUGACCAGGUAAAGGGUGUAAGACGAUUACAGGGAGGAGAGGAACACAACAGGGAUGCUAACCAGUCUCCAGUCAUCAUACUCGAGAAGUUCCUCACCUCCAGACAAGAAGCAACUGCUGACAAGGAGCCGGGCCUGGUGACAGAGCGGAACCAUCAGAGCCAGGGUUUUGACAACAUUGCUGAGAAUGAAGACCUGGAGAGCCAGCAGAUCAAGGUUGAAGAGAAUAUCCCAGAUCGUCCACUGGUUGCACCCAUCUGUCAAAACAGACUAAGUGCAAGUGUGACUUUGCAGCACCAUCGUGAUAUAAGGACCGUGCUGGUGAAGGAAGAGAGCAGCCUCGUGCUGAAUGAGACCCAGGCCAGCGGCAGACACAUCCGAUGGAAUGUGGAGCCAGUCAACACGGAAAACACGUCCAGUCCAUUAAUUGAGAGUGAGGAGACAGCCAUGGAUGAGAGUUGCGUCACCCCCCCUGAGUUCAACACCAACCAGUGCAUCUUCUACCCUGUAAAGGAAGAGGAGAGGGAAUUUUUACUGGGGGCUCAGACCAACAGUGGGAAUUCAACAACGGGGGCAUUCUGUGAUGCCCAGCAAACAGAACAACAUGUAACAGAUAAUUCAAAUGAAGGCUGCCAUUCUGCACCAGGCUACGAGGAGAUGAGAGUUAGAAAACUGUCAGAACCUGGUGUCAGUGACUCUGCAGAUAGACAAGCUGAGGCAGAAGCUGAGAUGCAGCAUCCACCUGACCUCCGGGACUUUCUCCUCCAGAGUUCAGAUGAGGAGGAUGUGGGUGUUUUUGAGAUGUCUGAUCCUCAGCUUGACUCAGAAGCAGAAGUAAUGGCUUACUUCUACAAAACCCAAACAAACAGUGCACAGCAGGCCGGCAGUGAUGAAUUAUCACAAAACAUGCCAACUACAUCAGGCCAGAUCCAAGCACCAAGAGAGGAAACCAGAACCACAGAGCCCAUUGACUACUUCUCCAAGUAUUUUGGUUGGGAUACCUGGGUAGAAAUUGCUAAUUGCACAAAUAAAAUAUCCAACAUGCCCAGACCUGUCACAUCCAGAGAGGUUGCACAGUUUGUUGGGAUCCACGUUGCAAUGGGAACUUUGAAGUUUCCCAGUCCGAGGCUCUACUGGGAGAACUUAACUAAGGUGCCCUUGGUUGCUGACUCCAUGCCACUUUCCCGUUUCCUCGAGCUGUCUCGCAUGUUGAAGCUUGCAUGUCCUGCGAAGGAUCCAGUCAACAGUAAUGUUCAGGAAGGAAGAUGUGAUAGUGACUUGCAAAAUGCUCAGCAAGGUCAACCCCACUCUAGCAGGCAAAGUGAAAUUGGCCAGCGAGACACGCUAAAUGAGCUGAGCAGCUCACAAACACAGACUGAUCCCCUGUGGAAGGCUCAGCCAUUAUUGUGCCGUUUCAAAGCAGGGUGCCAGUCUCUCAGACAAGAGGGUGAUUAUGCAGUUGACCAAUAUCCUCUACCUUUGACUGGGAAAAUGCACAACAAGAAGCUGUCUCUUUACUGUACUACAUUAGUUGGAUUCGGAGGUUUGCUCUUACAUGUGGAUCUUAAGUUGGGUCAGUCCAGCCAACAAGAUGCAGUAGAGAAAAUGGUCCCCAAAGGUAGUAUGGUGUUUCUUUGCAAACAGGAACUGUCCACCCCUGCAAUGCUGGAGCGUCUGUUAGUUGCCGGCGUUCAUGGUGCCGGAAGGGUCGGAGGAGCCAGAGGACAGAUCGGAGAUGAGUUUUUAAGCUCAGAUGGGAAGCUGAUGUUACGCAGAUCACACUGUGGCUUUAUACUUUCUACAGCGGGCAAUAACCAGAGGAACAUGGCCUCAUUGAUGGACAAUUUUGAGAAGGCCCAGAUGUCGGCUCAAGUCAACAGAGAUUUGCAGAAUCUUUACUCAAUUCCUCUCACUGCCUCGGCCCCAACCUGCUGGCCUCAGGCAGUGCUCUGGUACUUAACAGAUCUGGCUUUGGUCAACUCCUGGCUCCUCUACAGACAGGAUCACAAGGCAGUGUCUGCACCUUUGACUCUAAUGGCCUUCAGAUUGGAGGUGUCCAAAUCUUUGAUCCUCUCGAAUGGCUGUGAUGCCCAGGACUCAGUCCCCCCUCAGACCCCCAGAGAGAAACCUCAUACAACAAAUGAAAAGCCCAAUCCCAGCCUGGUGGAGGAGAGUCCUCUGCCAGAUGUAGCCACGCGGUUCGAUGGUUCAGGACACUGGCCAGAGCAGCUUGGGGAGGGAGAAGGAGGCAGGUGCCGCUAUGGAGACUGUCAGAGAACAUCUCGAGUGCUAUGCCUUAAGUGCUGUGUUUUUCUUUGUAUCUCACGCAACCACAACUGCUUUUUGAAUUUCCACAAUCAAGGGAGUUUGGGAAAAGAGUAGCCUCAACUGCAAAAUUCACCCAUUGACAUUAUGCUUCCUGAUUUAGAAUGUAGCUGUGCUUUUGGUGUACUACAUUCCAGUUAAUCAAAACAAUUGUAUUAUUUCCUCUGUCCUUACAACUUUUCCAUGAUGCCUUUCACUGGGCAAUGUUUGGAAGCAUAAUUUGUGCUGCAAUUUAAAAACAAAUGCUUUGUGAUGUGGCGUUAUAUUUGUAGUGUCAAACUGAAUUUGCCUUCAGAAGGAAAUAAAAUAAAAAUAUGCAUAGCCAUACAAUUGGUGCUGCAAAGAAGCACAAAGUAUGAUUUUGGCCUUACCGUAAGUUAUUUUUCAAAAUAUUUAUCUUAACCUGACCUAACAUGAAUUUACAUCCUUAAAUGGGCUUGUUUUUGGCUCUGAAUUAAAAUGUUAUUUAUUUUAAUUGAAGAAUACAAUAAAAGAAAGAUGAAAAGA